AUGGAUGAUAAUCACAUCGAUGUUCUGCAAUAUGGAAACCCGGGCCCGACUUCUUAUAACCCCGUCUCUCAGGCUUGGAGUUUUUCCCGUGAUUUCAGUCGCAGAUAUGUCCUUUCAUACACUGGGCUGCAGAGAAUAGCAGCCCCCCCUCAGUCGAGCACCACGUUGGCCUUGGAAAGAGACAAAAACAAGGAGCGACCGCUUUUGAAAGCUCACCCUGAACUACUUGGGAUAACUUCGUCUUUCAGACGAAUCGAAGAAACCUCUCAGACGACAUAUGCGGCAACUUCGUUUUUCGAUCCCUACGAAUCUUCCUUGCUUGAUUUUGGUCAUGCGUUACCGUCCGAGGUAGAUCGAUCCGGAAGACUGCGAAGCGUCCCUAUUGCGGCGUUUGCCUCGGGGAGGAACGGAAACGUGCUUUCGCUGAGGGCGAUUGAUGAUGAGACGAUCAACACCAACCAAGAGGCGCGUCGGUCUCUGCGUGUGCCUGCAAUUGGCGGUCUAGACAGCUUUGAGGGUCCCUGUGGUGAAAAUCCUAUUCGACAAAUCCGGUUUGCCAACGGCCUUGAAGGGUCGGCGAACCUUUUGGCAAUUCGACUUCAAUCAUCCACACUCAUUUGUCGACCUUUAUAUCACAAGAAGCCGUCGCCUACUAGGCCGAUUGGAAAGUUUGCCUGUAAAAAGGCUCAAACUCGGAAUCUCUCCCGCAUUGAUGUUAAUCCUCUCAUUGAAAUUCCCGCGUCCCAGACCGGCGGUUAUACUCAAGUUGACGUGAUUUUUAACCCUCAGUCCCAGAACCGGCUCGGUGUCAUCGAUGAGAGAGGGAACUGGAGCAUUUGGGAUUUGUCUGAUAACAUUAAGAACAACGAGCACAAAACUCCAAAGUGUCUCCAAACUGGCUCACUGCCUCAAUCUUCGGAUGAAUCAAUGGAUAAUGGCAAAUACGUUCAGCAUGACGGAUGGGGCAAGAUUGAGUGGGUUGGCGAUGUAAAUACGUUUAUUGCAUGCAAUCGACGUGUCGCCGUGCUGUAUAUUAUGGAGGAUGGUGUUGCUACGUCUUCUAACGUAGAGUUCAACUGGAGCUCUCCAUCCGAGUGGAUAUUGGACGCGAAAGCCUGCUUUUUGGGGGCAUCACAACUAUUCAUUCUAACUACGUUAAGAAUUUUAUGUCUAGAUAUUAGCAAUCACAAGCGGCAGUCUUCGUCACUACAAGUUCCACAAUUAUCGUGGCAGCAUCACCGCGAUCCAGAUGAUCUAACUCUACGACUGACAUCACUUUCUGUCAGUGAAGAGGAUUACCUGAUUCUCUACUCUCGCCUUGAUGUUUGCAUUCUGGCCUUUCGGGUUCCAUCCGCGGACGUUGAGGAUGACAUGCGCACAUGUCUGACUGACGCAUUUCCUAUUCACCUUCCUGGGACUUUUAUCGACCAAGGCUUGACGAGUAUUCGACGUAAGGCUCCACUGAAAACCCUUCUGUUUAAGGAACUCGAGCAAGCCGCUUCGACUGGUCAAACCGAGUUUAUGCCGUCUACUAGACUCAUUAAGCUAUUCAUCCUAGACGACAGGCUGUCUAUCCGUGAACAUUUAUUUUCCAUGCCUCAUAAUCAGGAACUUGUGCCGGGAAUGGCGUUAUCAAUUAGUCGGGACGCAUUGCCACUUGUGAAGAGAAGCGCAAAUCCGUGGAAAACGAAGCUGGUCGAAGCAGCCCUAUCAGACUCCAAUGAACCAGAUCUAUACGAACUGGCUCUUCAAAGGAACCUUCCGCAAAUCAGAUCACAAACCACCUCUUUGUCAAAGUCGUACUCUAUCCAAGGGAUUGUGGAUUUCACGUUACUUUACGCCACUCUCGCCGGAUAUCGCGUUCCGUAUAUCAGAGGUGCAUCGGUGUUUAUUCGCAGUCACCAAGGCCUCAGACAAGGCUUGGAAGAACUGGUGCCAUUACUCACAAACACUCCUGAUAGCUUCUCCAUGACUGGUCAAACCAUGUUAGAGAUAAUGGACUCUUUGCCAAUAUCUUCUAAUAUAGAUGAUACCAUUCAAGACCUCUCAUGGUUCAGAUUGCAGUCAACCGAGGCCGGCCGAGCUGCAGGAUUUACGGUUUAUAAUUUACCCCUGGAGGUAUUAGCCGAGUCUCCUGGCAGACAACCAAAGCCUAUCAGUUCGCUUCAAUACCGUGACGUGUCGGGAUUGUACGAUGGAUUAAUUCGCGACUGGUUGUCUGCCUUGUCUGGAAAAAUACCGGCCUGGACCCGCAUCUCGAAGGAGAAGUCUAUACGGAACUUAUCUACAGAACUAUCAUUGGCAAGUAUGGCUUACGUGGGAAUGCUGCCACCGAGCGGUCAGACCACGCCCAGACGAACUGGGUCAAGAUCAAGCUGGAGUCAAGCUUCUCAGCGUGUGCAAAGUCAAGAUGACGGACGGGAGACAUAUGAUGUUCUUGGACUCGGCAUGCUCGCUCAGCAAGUUACCGACAACACGCUCUCGGACGCUACAGAAAACAUUCUUUCCCAGUGGACUAUUGGAGAAGAUCCAGAUUCCGUCGACUGGAAAAAGAUCGCUUCUCAGGACACGGCGGCAUCUAAAGCCACAACCUUAAAACGUACCCCUAGGCGAUCGCGGUCAACGAGCCUCGCGGACAAUCUGAAACCCAGACGAGCUUCACCGAUUGUGCCCAUUGUUCAAGCCCCUGGGAGCCAGCCUCAGCAGGAUAUCUUUAGAGAUAAUAUCCCUAGUAGUCAAUUCACCGAAGACAGCCUACCCAUGACUCAAAUCGAACGCGGCAUCUUUGGCGGCAGGCAAGCUGGGAAGCAGACUAAUGUCAGGGCAAGGAAAAAGAAACGAGCAGCAGGGUUCUGA